CUUACUUAUUUUUAAUUUAGAGGAACAAAAAAAAUUACUUAUUAAAAAAUUUUCUUAUUCACUUAUAAGCAGAUAUUUUGUAGCCAAACGUGCUCUACUAAGGAAUGUUCUGGAAGCCCCUCCCAGCAUCACCUCUCUAUAAGCCCUAGUCUAAUCUUCACUCUAUGCUAAAACACUGGACAUUACUGUAUACAUUUCUCAACUCCUAAUCCACAAGCAAAAUCCUCUGCGAACUCCCCGAAAUUUUCCAGAAUUAAUCUUCAGAUAAAAAUGGCAUCUGCAAAUGCUAUGUUCGCGGCCUCAAUUCUCUCCUCCCCCUCAAAACAAGGAGGAUUGAAGAAUAGGAGGGUGAACCAAUUGCAGCAGGGACAGAAGUUUAAUUACAGGCAAUCCAGGAACCGGUUUGUGGUGAAGGGUGCAGCUAAGGAAAUUGCUUUUGACGAGAAAUCCCGGACUGCUCUUCAGGCCGGUAUUGAUAAACUCGCCAAUGCUGUCGGUCUCACUCUCGGUCCUCGGGGGAGGAAUGUUGUCUUGGAUGAGUUUGGAUCUCCAAAGGUGGUUAAUGAUGGAGUUACCAUUGCUCGGGCUAUAGAGUUGCCCGAUGCUAUGGAGAAUGCUGGUGCUGCUUUGAUCAGGGAGGUUGCAAGCAAGACAAAUGAUUCUGCUGGUGAUGGGACAACAACUGCAUCAGUUCUUGCUCGUGAAAUUAUAAAACUUGGUCUGCUAAGUGUUACUUCUGGUGCCAAUCCAGUUUCCGUGAAGAAGGGUAUUGACAAAACUGUGCUGGGUUUAGUUGAAGAGCUUGAAAAGAAAGCUAGACCUGUUAAGGGGCGCGAUGAUAUUAAAGCCAUUGCCUCUAUCUCUGCUGGAAAUGAUGAGAUCAUUGGAACGAUGAUUGCUGAUGCAGUUGACAAGGUUGGACCGGAUGGUGUUCUAUCAAUUGAGUCGUCGUCUUCCUUUGAGACAACUGUUGAUGUGGAAGAAGGAAUGGAGAUUGAUAGAGGAUACAUCUCCCCCCAGUUUGUAACCAACCCUGAGAAACUGAUUGUUGAAUUUGAGAAUGCAAGAGUAUUAGUAACGGACCAGAAGAUCUCAGCAAUCAAGGACAUCAUACCAUUGCUAGAGAAAACCACUCAGUUACGAGCUCCUUUACUCAUUGUUGCAGAGGAUGUCACUGGAGAGGCUUUGGCUACUCUUGUUGUCAAUAAGCUACGAGGGAUCCUUAACGUUGCUGCGAUCAAAGCACCUGGUUUUGGAGAAAGGAGAAAGGCUCUUCUUCAAGAUAUUGCCAUUUUGACCGGAGCUGAGUUUCAAGCUAGUGAUUUGGGUAUGCUUGUUGAAAAUACUGAUGUCGAUCAGUUGGGUAUUGCAAGAAAGAUAACCAUCUCCAAAGAUUCCACAACCCUCAUUGCUGAUGCUGCAUCAAAGGAUGAGCUACAAGCUAGGAUAGCCCAACUGAAAAAGGAGUUGACAGAGACAGAUUCUGUUUACGACUCUGAGAAACUUGCUGAGAGAAUUGCAAAAUUGUCUGGUGGUGUUGCGGUUAUUAAAGUUGGUGCUGCAACAGAGACUGAGCUCGAGGAUCGCAAACUUCGUAUUGAGGAUGCCAAAAAUGCUACGUUUGCUGCCAUUGAGGAAGGCAUUGUGCCUGGGGGUGGUGCUGCUUUAGUUCAUCUGUCAACUUGUGUCCCUGCAAUUAAGGACAAGCUUGAAGAUGCAGAUGAGCGACUGGGUGCUGACAUCGUUCAAAAGGCACUAGUGGCACCUGCGUCUCUGAUUGCCCAGAAUGCUGGGAUUGAAGGCGAAGUGGUCGUGGAGAAAGUGAAGGCCAGUGAUUGGGAGGUAGGUUACAAUGCGAUGACAGACAAGUACGAGAAUCUGGUAGAAGCUGGAGUGAUUGACCCGGCUAAGGUUACUAGAUGUGCUUUGCAAAACUCAGCUUCAGUUGCUGGAAUGGUUCUUACCACACAAGCCAUUGUCGUGGAGAAGCCCAAGCCUAAAACACCUGCUGCUGCUCCCCCCCAAGGCCUUGCCAUUUGAUUGAACAGUUAUUAUAUAUCGGUGUAAGAAAUUUUAGGGCUCUGUGUAGCUUACUUGGGUGACAAAGUGAUCGAGUAUUUUUCUUGGGACUUCUGGAGCUGUUUUGUAUGUCUUGAACAAGAUUUUAGCCGGUAAGCCAGUGGCGCCAGAAGUGUUGCCUAUGGCUAAAAUGUAGUGAUUGGUAAUAAUCCAUUGUUUUGAUCAAUUUGUCUGUAUGAUGAUCCGCGUUUGACUA